AUGACUGGUAAAGAAAAAAGUCGCACGCAUCCCUACUUCUCCGGAAACUAUGCCCCCAUCUACACUGUCCAGCAUGCGCAUCCCUGCGAGGUUCAGGGCACAAUUCCUGAGGAAUUCCUUGGAGGGCAAUAUGUCCGCAACGGCAGCAAUUCUCUUCAGGAUGAUGAUCGCCGCGACCUACACUGGUUUGAUGGUGACGGUAUGCUCUCUGGUGUGUUCUUCAGGCGCAUGCUUGGAUCAAAGUUGCAGCAGCCGUUGUAUUCGAAUCGGUAUAUCCUGACGGAUGUGCACUGCGCAACGGCGGAGCAUCCACACAUCAAUCCGGUUGUGUCAAGCGUCACCACGCUAGUCAGCCCUAUGAUAUCUCCACUGAAAGUCUUUAUGGGCAUGUUGCGGACCAUGGCGCUGAUGCUCGCCUCCUUUCUCGGACUUGUAGCCCGCCCAAUCCGGAGAAUUAGCACAGCCAACACCAACAUUCUCUAUCAUGAUGGAAGAGUGUUGGCAACCAUGGAGACUGGUCCACCAAUUAGAGUCUACCUUCCGUCUCUAAACACGGUAGGAUGGUUUACAGGGAGCCGAGCCGAGGGAGAGCCCCCUGAUGAAAUAAGGGGGCCAUCUUUCGGUGGACCCGGGAUAGAAGGAUUCCAUAACGAGAUGACGAUACCCCAUCCUCACAACGAUUACCAAACGGGCGAGCUACUGCUUUUACAUUCGACGUUUAUCUUCCCAUUUGUACACUACAGCAUCAUAUCUCCUGGAUGGGCCAGCAAGCACGGAUCAUACCUCAACCAGCCCGUUCCCGGCUUCACAUCCGGAAAAAUGAUACAUGAUUUUGGGGUGUCGCGCAAGCAUACCAUUAUGGUUGACAUGCCUCUUGCUCUGGAUCCGACGAAUAUAACCCGCAAUAAGCCCGCCAUACAGUACGACCCGCACAGCUGCACCCGUUUUGGGGUCUUCCCUAGGUACUGUCCCGCUCAGAUUCAAUGGUAUGAAACCGAUCCUUGUUGUAUCUUUCAUACCGUGAACAGCUGGGAUGAAAGUGUCCCUUGGGGAACACGGGUCCACAUGCUUUUCCCAGCGGAUGGAUCUAACAAUAUAAGCGAGCAAUGGGCGCUGUCGGCAAUUCCGUUCGAAUUUCCCCACGUCCCACGACAUCUAGAGAUGACAGCCGCCCGAUUCGUCUAUGGAUGUUCCAUGAGCGAAGGGAACUUUGCCAUGAGACAGAAAUCCAGUGUCAAGAUUGAUUGUCUUGUCAAAAUAGAUGUCCAACGCUUAUUGAAGGUGGCCGAAGGCCAACCACUAACUCAGAUAAAUGGAUGUGUUGACCAACGAUCUAUCAGCGAGAUUCUAGCUACGAACAACGUGGAUGACCCCAUCCAAGUGUUUACUCUUCCGUAUGGAUGGUAUGCACAGGAGUGCUCAUUUGUGCCCCGUAAGGAUGGCACCUCUGAAGACGAUGGCUGGCUCGUUACGUAUGUGUUUGACGAGGCCCAGCUUGAUGCGAAUGGUAACGCACCAACAACCUCGCGCAGUGAGCUGUGGAUAAUUGAUGCUCGCAAGAUGAGGGAUAUUGUCGCGAGAGUGUUGUUACCGCAGCGUGUGCCGUACGGUAUGCAUGGGGAUUGGUUUUCAGAGGAGCAAAUUUUGAAUCAGCGGGAGGUAGCUGAGUUUCGGUCUCUCGAUUGA